AUGGCGAUUCUCAAAAGGAAGCGAUCCGAAUCCGAGCUGUCCUUCAGCAGUCAGCUCUCCUCGCCUCCUCGGCCAGGCGAUGCCUAUUUUGCCUUCCCCGUAACCCCAAUUGGAUUGUCCUUCUCGUCGACGCGUUCAAGCAACCCGUCACAUCUCAACAGCCGCACUAUAAAGCGUCACCGUGACAACCGGCCAUCGGAGAACGAAGUGCACCAACACACUCUUGAACUGCUCUACUCGGCGAGGGAUGUUCCCAGCGAGCACCUGCAACAAGUGCAACAACGUGCACACUAUCAACCGCCAGCAAGCUUUGCAUCGACGCAGCAUCAAGGUCAACAACAAACAUCUGCAACAAGACAAACAUCCCUGCAUAGUUUCUGGAACCUGCCUAGGACGAGCUCAAAGGCACCAACAAUGAUGCCUAGUUUCUCGCCCAGUACCGACCUGGGGUCGACCAGUUGCGAAGACUGUGGAAGCAGCUUGAGGAGCGACGACGGCAUGAUGGAUGUGGACGGCGAUGGGUGCGGAGGUGCCGAGGCUUGCGGCUGCAACGCCUGUGGAAAGGUUGUGUGCUUCUCAUGUUCCGUCGGCAACUUGGGCGAACACAGACGGUGCUUGAUGUCCGCCAUCUUCUCGGUCCGGUCAGAUGCAGGUCUUGUCUUGGUCUUUGCACACUCUGCAUUUUUCCCCAUCAAGGUUUCACUCGCGGUGAUGGCCACUGGCAAAAGCGAGAUGUCCGAUAACGCCGAGAAGGGUUGUGAACCGCCUCCUGAGGAGGAAAAGGGGCAUGAAACACUCAAAUACUCGCUACUGGGGCCGUCUCUCCUCAAGGCCGGGCAGGACUCUGUGGAUCAAACAAAGGUUUAUCAUGUUCUCAGUUGCUUCAUUUUUUGCCGUCAUUUCCCCACAUACAAAGCCAAAGCUGACAAGGGCCAGGUCUCGGAGAUAAUCUACAAUGCCUCCAAGAACUCCAAGUUCUUCCUGCGCGAGGAGCAAAAGGACAAGAUUUUGACGGAAAAGAUUGCCCGGAUCCAGGCCAAAAAGGCCCGGCUCGACAAACUUGACCUGUCGCGCGAUCUGCGCCUGGCCGACGCCUACAUCGCCGAGCGCGAGCUCAGCCGGGACCUGUCGCAGGUGGUUGUGCACGUGGACUGCGACGCCUUCUACGCGGCCGUGGAGCAGCUCGACCGCCCGGAGCUGGCCCACGUCCCGUUUGCGGUCGGCGGCGGCGUGCUGACGACGUGCAACUACGUCGCCCGCACCUUCGGCUGCCGCUCCGGCAUGGCCGGCUUCGUGGCCAAGAAGCUCUGUCCGGACCUCGUCUUCAUCAAGCCGAACUUUGAAAAGUACACAGCAAAGGCGCAGGAGGUCAGGAAGGUGCUAGCAAAGUAUGACCCUCGGUUUGAGAGCGCCAGCAUCGACGAGGCGUACCUCAACAUCACGCAGUACUGUGCCGAGAAUGGCCUGGAACCUGGGGAGGUGGUCGAGCAGAUGCGCCGUGAGGUUCACCUAACUACAAAUAUCACAGUAUCAUCCGGGGUGGCCGCCAAUUCGAAGCUGGCAAAGAUCUGCGGCAACAUUAAUAAACCCAACGGGCAGUAUGUGUUACCCAGUGACAGGUCAGCCAUUAUGGAGUUCAUGCGUGAUCUCCCGUGUCGCAAGGUCAACGGCAUAGGCAGAGUCUUGGAGAGGGAGCUGCAGGCGGUCGGCGUCUCGACCUGUGGUGACAUAUACCCGCAGCGCAAGUACCUCACACAGCUUUUUGGCGAAAAGGCCUUCAAGUUUUUGGUAGACUGCUAUCUUGGCCUGGGCAGGACCAAUAUUCAGCCCGCCGAAGAGUACGAGCGUAAAAGUGUAGGUACGGAAAGCACUUUCAGCUCGAUCAGCGAGCCUGGAGAUCUGCGGAAGAAGCUUAGACGAACGGCCGAAGAAUUAGAAAAGGACAUGAAGCGAGCAGAGGUCAAAGGCCGCACGUUGGUCAUCAAGAUCAAACUGCACACUUUUGAGGUAUACACACGUCAAGUCAUCCUGCCACGCUCGAUACACCUCGCAGAAGACCUGUACAACUUUUCGCUUCCUAUGCUCGCGAGGCUGGAAAAGGAGAAACCUGGGUUUUCCUGUAGGCUCAUGGGUUUGAGGUGCACAAACCUCGUCAGCACCAAGAAGCCCGACACGGCCGCAUUUUUUGGUCUUAGGACACACCGUUCCGGGUCUGGCGAGGCAGAUGUAGUAGUAGCAAAAGACGGCGUCGAUGAGACGUCAGAAGAAGCGGGCUUUAACAUGGACGAGGAAGAGUGGGAACAAUGGCCCGAGGAGGAGUUCGGAGAAGGCGUGGAGGUCAAUCAUCAAGAGCGAGAACUCUAUGGCCCAAGUCCAUACCUGAAAAAUGGCAGGGUGGUCCUGCCCAACCCGAAACCAGCCAAAGACCCUCCGCCAGAAGAGGAAUUAUGGGACUGCCCGAUCUGCGCAAGACCCCAGACAGCCAACGAACGAGAGUUCAACGAGCAUAUCGACAUGUGCUUGUCGCGGCAGGCAAUAAGGGAGACGGUCCAGCAAGAAGCGCGCAAGCCUGCUUUCGCAGAUGAGAGUUCGGCCUCGGAAACCCGACGAGCUAAGCAGUUGCCGGAGCGAAAACGAGGCAGACCUCCUAAGAACCCAGACCCGAAGCAGAAGAAGAUUCGAUUUGGAUAA